UACGGAGUCAGACCGUACAGAACCUGAAAAGAAAGGUCAUCAGGUGCCGUUGGGAGUUGCGUUCUGUAACCGUAACGUCAGAAUGUCAACACCCGAAAGGUCAUGGGACAAGAGACGCGAACGUACGCGAAAUCGAACACCGGACCCACAGGAUAAGAGAUGGCAGGAGAGAGCCAAGUACUAUGGGGGCUUCGAGUCUGGCGCAAGCAAAAGGUCAUCGAGCGCAGAACGGGAAGAUACAACCGCCAAAUACCAGAGGAUGGAAUCGACAGUCCAUGUAGUGGAUCCCAUCGUGAGUGCGGUACAACAAGAAGACGACACGAUGGAAGGGCCCGGUUCAGUCGCAGAAGCGUCUGUGGUACAGGAAGAUGACACGAUGGAAGGGCCCGGUUCAGUCGCAGAAGCGUCCCGAGAUAACGUGAUACACCGAAGAAACGUGGUCCUUGACAGUGACCCCCAGCCGUCCACAUCGACGGGUAAUGAACCGCCGCAGAGCGGACGACGUGAACAAGAAGGUCAACGUGAACCGGACGACCGUCGCGGAACUGACCGACGAACGACUUCCCGAUUCGAUAAUCGACACCCUGACACAAUCGAAAUGCAAUAUAAUAUGAGCGACACCGAUGAACAAAAGGCGGAAAUUUGUCGAUACAUGGGGAUUGAAGGCGAUUCGGUGGAAGCUAAUAAGAUUCAUACCAUACUGAAUCAGCUACGCCAAUUUUUAUUCGAUUCGGGCUAUGCUAGAGAAAUUAAAAGGGGAGUGGAAGAAGGACAUUUCCACCGAUUAUACAUUCCCCGCGACUCUGUAAGAGAUUGUUAUCUCCCUGUCCGAAGGAAUGGGUUACAUAGCCUACUGGACUUGAGUUUGUUGGAUGUGCCGCUGGAUACGACUGACCCGGUUGGAAUGACCCAAUUCUACUACACAGAUUAUCCUGAACAACAGGAAUAUGUGGCUCAGUUCGUUUUACGAUAUGUAAAUCCAGCUUUCAAGUUGCUUGCAGCAAGAGCAUCGAUAGGAUUACAAGUGGAUCCUAAAGACUAUGCCGCAAAAAAGAUGGGGCAAAAGGUCUUUGCUGCGAGACUGGCACAUUAUAAGACACAGAAUCAGUUGGUGUCUAAUACUAUGAAGGACGACAUCCCACCGUUCUUCCGACCUCAUGUGGCGAAGUUGGGGGAACCCAUGGAACAUGUCGGAAUAGCUCACACAGCUAGAAAGGCACUGAAAAAGUGCUAGACACGGAUGGAAAAGGGCAAUCUUACACAACGACAUGCCUCCCAAGUUGAAGAGAGGAUUAAUAAGAUCAAAGAUACUAUGGGAAGCGACUACGUUGAACCAGUGGACGGAGUUGACGUCUACAUAACGGAAUUUUUAGUAAACAAAGCUGACCGACGCCCAGAACGCGCUCAGAUCGGACGACGUGGCCUACGAAACCAGCAGCUUCGGGAUAAUCUUGCCGAUGUACAACGCCGAUUGGCAGAUGACCCUAAUAACCGAAGACUGCGGUUAGUCGAAAAUGACGCACGCCAUCGAGUUGAGGCGGUUAAGCGAAGUCGCCAAGGGAAAGGUCGUGGCCAGCGGGAAGUUGACCCGGCAAAGGUCAUGGAAGUCGAUUCAACGGAACCGGUCGACCGAACGUCUGACCGCAAUCAACCGGAAAGUUCUAAGAAGCGCCCGCCGAAAGAUGGCGAGGGCGAUUCAAAUGAAAUGGAAUAGUGUUGAUCGUUAGGAUCACACUAUUAAAAAGACGUCUACGGCAUUUGUCGCGUUUAUAGCACAGAAUCAGAAAGGAUAAAGAAAUCAUGUGGAGCAUCGAUUGGGGUUGAAAUUGAUUCGGUCUCUAAAGCCGGCCCCAAGGGAGUAGCUACGGCAGUUAGCCGGCCCUCCUCUAAGCGAUUCAGUGUUAUAAAUUCACAAGGGAAACUACGGUAAUUAAGCCGGAUCUCUUGAAUACGAAAGUGGGCCACAAGCGGCGAAAAAGAGAAAGACAACAGGUGGAAUGUUAAUGGGGUAAACAUAAUGCGGCAGUUAGCCGGCCUCAUUAGAGUUGCUACGGUAAAUUAUGCCGGCCAUCUCUCCAAGCGAUUCAGUGUCAGAACUUAACGAGAGAAACUACGGAAAUUAAGCCGGAUCUCUCGAGACGAAGACGGGCCACAAGCGGCGAACAAGAGUAAAAGAUUGAAUGUGGAAGCGUCAUGGGGUAAAUUCAAUGCGGUAAUUAGCCGGCCCCAUCAGAGAUGUUACGGUAAACUUUGCCGGCACUCUGGCCGCUCGAGGCAUAUUAAAGUUGGAUGUGCGAUGGAAAGGUCAAAUCGAAAUCUUUACCAGGGAGGCAAGCAAAGAAGUUCUUGGAAGCCGCAGAAAAUUGGCUUAGUUCCUCCAUGACCUUUAAUGGAAGUUUGAAAAGAAGUUGGAUGACCUUUGGGAUCAUAAAUUGCCCAAUAGAGUCACUGUAUCGGAAUUAAAGUCGUAUGACCUUUUUGGGACCAUUAACCCAAAAUAAGUCGCACAUCACAACGGAUCAUCUCAACAAAGGAUGACCUUUACCAGGGAGGAAGCGCACUACGCUUGUCUACAUGACGUCCCUCCAUGACCUUUAUUGGAUCUCAUUUUUAAGUCGUGCAAUUGAUACGCACCUUAUUCCAAAGAGUGAAGCAGUAUUUCUAAAGUCGUACUUGAUACGCACCCGAUUCUCAAAGCGGAUUGUGAUGAAGUCGCGCUAUGGAUGCGCGGAAUUGCUCAACAGAGCGGAAUGGGCCAAAGCGCGGGAAAACGGUGGACAGGACCUGUGACCUUUACGAGUCAGAAAUGGAGGAUCCUAGUCUACAUUUGAUUAAUAGUUUUGUUGAUCUUUUAACUGUUGAUCUGUUUUUGUAUUCGAAUUGAUAUGGAAUAGUAUUUUGAUACAGAUCUCUUUAUUUCACAUUGUGCAUUUGGAAUUGAUGUGAUAAAAUGGAAUAAGAGAAUUUGAUGUUUUUGAGCACGCACAGACAUCGGCGACCGCCGUCUUUUCGUGGAUUCGGGAGUGUGUCCAGCCUCAACGGAGCUCGGCAUCCCCCCAGAGGCAUGUGAGACGAGGGCUCACUAGCGUUCCCGCCUGUGGCGCUAGGCGCUACGCCAUGGAUUACGGUCUGUGUGGUGUCUCGCUCUGAUUGGCUUGUGUUUUGUUAGUGGGCGCGGCAUAGCACGCGCUGCACGGUGUAGAAUUGGCUCUACGAUUUGCGAUCGAGC